CUCCCACUCACAUACAGAGUCUCACAGCCUCUCUCACACACACACAGCUACGCGGCUCGGCUCCACCUCGCUCGGCGGGUGUGUGAAGAAGAUCCAGCCCGUUAUUUCAAGGUUAUCUCCUGCAGGAACCUCACUUUUCGGAUCCUAUGGGAAUUCUGAUAACCGCAGUUUUGCUCUGGGCUGCCGUCGGAGUGGGAAGCCGGCCAGUAACCUCACCCCUAAAUGAUGCAAAGGUUGAAUGUAUUAUUCAGGAGACGCUGAAUGAAGAUGGGUCUCCUCAUGAAUGUGGCCCUCAGCUAGCAGAGGAACUUGAUGAAGUCCAAAGACAUCAGGGUUUACUCAGGGAGCUGCAGAGGCUGGCUGGUGAUGAGAGAGACAUGGAGCAAGACGACGAGAAGGAGCAAUAUGAGUACAACCUGGCUGAUGAUGAGAGCGACUUUGAACAGGGGGAUGAGGAGACGAAGGAGGAGAGAGACGUGACCAGCGUUCCAAAAGAGACAGAGGAAAAGAAACAAGAGAAGACAGAGGAAGACGACACCAAGAAGAUAAUGGAGGAGCCACGGAUCGAAGACAGAGGGAGGGACAAUGAAGAGGAGCGAGCCAAAGAGCUUGAGGAGCUGUUAGCUGAAGAGAUCACCAAGAAAGGGAAGGAGGAGAAGAAUGAUGAGGAGCUCAAAGAACUGCUAAAGGAGCUGAAGAAGAAACGGUACGAGGCAGUGAAGGAGAGGGAGGUCCAGAAAGGCUCUGGAACAGAGCAGAAGAAAGAGGUGGAGGAGAAGAAGACAAAGGAGUACAAAGAGAAGAAGGGAGACACAGUGGAGGAUUUGGAGAAGCAGAGGAUCGAGGAGAGGAGGAAGAAUGAAGUGGAGCUGAUGGUGGAGAAGGAGAAGGUGGAGAAGGAGCUAAAGGAGCUGCUCAAAGAGCAGGACAGCAAGAGCAAGGCGGAGCAGGAGAGAAAGAGGAAGGAGAAGCAGGAGGAGCUGGACGAACUCGUCAGGAAGAUGAAACGGGUGCAGGAGGAGGAGGAACAGGAGACGCAAGGCAAGACGAAAGAGGACAGUGUGGAUGAGAAGAAAGCAGAGGAGAAGCGUGAGAAGAAGGAGGGGGAUGACAACAAGGAGCCAGAUGAGAAAACAGAGAAUGAAGUCAAGAAGAAGGAGGAGGUGACAGACAUGAAGGAGCCGCAGCAGAAGAGAGUGAUGGAGAAAGCCAGCGAUGAGGCCACGCAGCAGUUUGAGAGGGAGAGGUACAAGGAUGCGGAGGAGGAGGAUGAGGACGAGGAAGAUGAGGAUGAGUACGUUAGAGAGGAUGAGGAGGGGCAGGAGGAGGAAGACGAUGAGGAGGGUGACGCAGAAGAAGAUGAAGGGGAGGAGCUGCUGGAGAUUGAAGCAGAGCUGCGCAAAGUGGCUGCAGAGCUGAGGGAGCUUCGCAGAGGAUAAGACACACAGACAUGGACACACACACACACGCACACACACACACACGCACAGCGGACUGACAAAACCCUUUGUUGCAUUCACAGUCACACAUUCAGCUCACACAUUUUCCAUUUUACAGCCUUCAAGUCCCCACAGCACUCUGAGAAUUGUCUUCAGAUGUGAAUCUGUAAAUGGACAUUAGUAGAAACUGCACAUACGGUUGUUUCGUUUCUGCUUUUAGAUUGCCUGGAAAAGGCUGUCACCGUUUCCUUGAUGCGUCUGAGUGUUGAGGAGAGAAAAACAAGACACACUUUUCUAGAGAAUCUGAAAGAUCUUUGUGUCUAUCUCCACUUGUCUCAGUACCUGUAAAUGCUGUUUGUGAGGUAGACGGUUGAUUUCACUCCAGUUGUGAACAGCCAUGGAUGCAAAGCAUUCAGCACUUUGUAUUCAAAUUUUAUUUUUGACUGCAGAUUGCCGACCACACAAACACCAUCAUCUUUGAAAUCUGAGUCAUGAGUACUGGCAAGCAGCACUUUUGUUUUUUUCUCUGAAGGGUAUCAUCCUCGAUGGUGUGUUCUCGAUGGGAAAAAAACAGAUUCCCUAUCAUGAGUAAUAUGUGUAUUUCAAUAUAUAUCUAUUUUGUGCAAUAACUGAUAACUAUGUGUAAGCUGUUCCUGCUGUUCUGACUGUUAACGAUACGUAUUACUGAUAUUUCUACACAGGAGUAAGUCAUUAUUUCCUCUUCGUUUCUUCGAUGAUAAAGUAGAAACAAGGAUUGUGUUUCAUUUGGCUCUCGCACUGUUAAAACCAGACUGUUUGUGACGAACCAGGGUGACACGAACAAAACACAGAGGAAGUAGAUCAGCGUUAAAGUUCUGCACGGGGACACGUGUGUCGGAUGUUAGGUUUGUCUUGAGCGUGGUUAGUGUUUGGCCACAGGAUGUUAUGUACUUAGAGCUUAAAAGGUCUAAAAGUGUCACUUCAGGUUCUCAGCCAGCUUUGCACUCUUAUCUUAACAAGCCAAGGAGGAGUCGAGGGAAGAGGGAGUCACUAAAGCCAUUUUGAUGUCUUUUGGUAACAGCAACACUGACAAUAACAUUGAUAAAUGCUCUGUAGUGUUCACAGUUUUCAUGGCUGUCAUGUCAUUUGUGUAAAUAUCAGAUAUCACGUCUGUAAGCCAAGGUCAUAGGAAAUAUGAAGCAACAUCGCCCCCAAGAGGACAUUGGGUAGAAAUGCACAUGGUGCAGGAUUAACAGGGUAACCACUGGACGCCCACUAAACUGCAAUAACACAAUAUAGACUACAGCACAUGUGAAUGCAAUAAUUAGCCAAAUAACGAAUUAUUUCAUGUAUUUUAAUAUGUUGUCAAAGUGCAUCAUAGAGUACUCAUAUAGCAGAUAUAUAAUCUCUCUUUUUCUACACAGCCAAGAUUUACAAUACAUUAAAACACUGGCAGAGUAGCCGGUGGGUCAGCUUGUGUAAACACGUAGUGAUGACACACAGGAUCAGCUCAUUAUUGUCUGUUCCAGCGAUGAGGUGUUUGUUCACUUGAGAAUAAAUGAAAAAAAAUUAAUGUACUGUCGUUUUUUUCUUUUUCUAUAUUAGUGCAAAAAUGUUUCCACAAAAUGUAUCUUACAAACCAGCAAGAAAGACGCAGGAAAUGUCUGCGGGGGAGGGCGU